UUGAAGAAUGGCUACCUCCUGCCUCAUCUAAUUUUCCUUCAUUUAACUACAAACCUCAUCCUCCAUACCGGAGUUCUCACUGGUCUCAAAACAAUGGCCUCCCUAUCCGGGCCCACUAGCCCCUUCCUAACUUCGCUCAACCGGCGGCGAAACCUCGAGACCUCCCGAAACGGACCCAUAUCCGCCCAUCGAUCCGACCCACAGCCUUCAAAUGACCAAAGAAGCAACCACAAUACACGCACCAUAACAGAACGCACUUCAAGAAAAUUUGACGGGGCCAAGCUGAAGGAGAGAGAAGCAAUAGAGAGAAAAGAGGAAAUAAACAGAAAAAUAGCUUCCCAAAAGGCCAUUUCCAUAAUUUUACGAAGGGAGGCCACCAAAGCUGUCAUUGAAAAGAAGAAGGGUAAUGCGAAGAAGCUGCUGCCCAGAACGGUGCUUGAAGCCCUUCACGAGCGCAUUACCGCCUUACGCUGGGAGUCUGCUCUCAAGGUCUGUUGAUUGAUUUAGGAGUUACCUCUGUACAUGUGUUAUGCUGGUAUAAUGGUAAAAAUAGUCGAGCUUAACUGAUGUAACCCGCUUUUCUAUUGACUUGUUGAUUAUAAAUUAUGAGAUUAUGCUUCCUUGAUGAAAGGAAGAAGCUACGGGAAUGAUAAAAUUGGGUCCGUAAUCUGUCGCAUAAAUUAAGGGCUAGUACCUUAUAAUAUUUUUGAAACCAACGCUGAUCAAUGUGUUUGAAAGUACUCGAAUCAAAGGGAAANUGGUGUGGUAGUAGUAACUGAGGGAACUUGUUUAUUGUCUUAUUUUACUUAUAGGUUCACAGAGAUGGAAUCAACUCUUGUACAAAUGCUUCGGCUGCAAGAAUGUGAACCUGAUGCAUGGACCAUGAACUCCACCUUGCGAGCUUUUGGUGGCAGCGGGCAAAUAGAUAUGAUGGAAAAGUGCUAUGAGAAAUUUCAGAGUGCUGGGAUUGAACCGAACAUCAAGACGUUCAACAUACUCUUAGAUUCCUAUGGGAAAACUGGAAAUUAUGAGAAAAUGAGUGCUGUGAUGGAAUAUAUGCAGAAAUAUCACUUCUCGUGGACUCUGGUAACUUACAAUAUAGUUAUAGACGCAUUUGGUAGAGCCAGGGAUUUGAAACAGAUGGAAUUUUUGUUUCGGCUGAUGCAGUCUGAGAGGAUAAAACCAAAUUACGUUACUCUUUGUUCACUUGUGAGAGCUUAUGGGAAUGCUGGGAAAGUUGAAAAAAUUGAAGCUGUUCUUCGAUACAUCGAUAAUUCAGAUGUUAUGCUUGACACAGUGUUUUUCAACUGCUUAGUGGAUGCUUAUGGGAUUAUGGGAUGCUAUGCUAAGAUGAAAGGGGUGCUUGAGAUUAUGGAGAGAAGAAGAUGUAAGCCUGAUAAGAUUACUUAUAGAACCAUGAUAAAAGCUUAUUCAAUUGGUGGAAUGACCAGCCAUGCCAAGGAGUUACAGAAUAAACUUGCUUCACUAUAAAAUACUACACAUCUUGAUACGUUUCGAUUUCAAGGUUGGACAUAGCUAGACCUUGGACAGCAUUAGGAAAGAAAAAAGUUCGAAUCUUGUUCACGGUUUUCUUCACUCUUGUUUAAUAUUGCGUAUCAAACAUGCAUACACAACAGAUUAACAUUUGUAAAUUAACACCAUUUUCUUAUUUUUGUGCUAUUAGAAAUUUUUGGACAGUUUUUAGAUGAAGGGCAGUGUAUUUUCCCUAGUAAAUCAAAUGUAGUCAUUGUCCUUGUUAAUUAUGAGCGUCAGUUAGUGAUUUAUUCAAAACCUUCUGUUUCGAAGUUUCAA